GCUUAGAUCAAAUUCCUUACAUUUGUGUGGAUAUACUCUUUUUAGAGGAACUUUUGCUAGUUGCCCGUCUAUUGCAUGUAUCCGUUGUUUAUCAUGUGAUUACAGAUUUGCAGACUUGUAUUUGUAUACAAUAUUUGAUAUGUGACAUCGUAACAAGACGCCGUACUUAAUAUAUAUCCCAAAAUGUCUUACAUGCUAUCACAUUUGGAGAAUGGCUAUCAAGUCGAUCAGGCGAUCUUGUCAGAAGAAGACAGAGUCGUGGUCAUUCGCUUCGGACACGAUUGGGACCCGAUGUGCAUGAAGAUGGACGAAGUGCUGUAUAACAUUGCGGAAAAAGUGAAGAAUUUUGCCGUCGUGUACUUGGUCGAUAUCACAAAAGUACCAGAUUUCAACAAAAUGUACGAGUUGUACGAUCCAUGUACAGUAAUGUUCUUCUUUAGGAAUAAGCACAUCAUGAUAGACUUGGGCACUGGAAACAAUAACAAGAUAAACUGGACUUUGGAGGACAAGCAGGAGAUGAUCGACAUCAUCGAGACGGUGUACAGAGGCGCUAGGAAGGGCCGAGGUUUGGUUGUCUCACCUAAAGAUUAUUCCACUAAAUAUCGAUAUUAAUUUAUUUAGAAAGUAUAAUAAUAUUAAUAUUAAGGAAAGCGUUAAUUUAUCUAGCAUUAAGUAUCAAACGAAUCGAAUAAAUGAUUUUUAAGCAA